GAACAAUAAGUAAUUGAAUCUGAUCAUAUCAGAACUUUCCCAUAAAGUACCCCCAACAGUCAAUAUCCUUUAUCAACCCUCACAAAAUGACCAUCCCUCACUACGGCGUCUGGAUCGCCCAACCAACCCGCUACACCGCCCAAACCGAAGAAGAAGAUCCCAAGUCCCCUCACAUCUACCUCUACUUCAAAGACGAUUCCUCCUCCAGCAAGGACUACGAAGCCGCCAUCAACGUCAAAUCCACCGGUAAAGACUCUCGUCUCGUAUACUGGUUCGACAGGAGCUUCAGCCACCCGAUCACCGAGCAGCUUUCUAAUCUCGAUGAGGGCUUCCACCUCCUCAAAUCCUAUUCCCACCGCAGUCGUCGACACCAAGAAUCCUCCUCCAAGCUGAAGGGUUUGGACUUCAUCCGCACAAAGGGUCUUGUGAAUAUCGAGUCGGGUGCGGUCCUCUCUGAGGCCGACACCGGGCCGCACAAUGCUGUGCUCGAGGCAUUGGAGCCUAUUCUCAAUGAUGCGAUCAGUAAGAAAGCGACGGUGUAUAUCUUUGGGUCGUCGUAUGGGUCAGGGAUCCAUGAUGUUCAUAUGAAUCAGGGGAGUGCGCCGUCAUAUGAGAAUGGAAUUUAUGAGGAUGGGGCGUUGUUGUUUAGUUUCGAGGAUGGGCAUUGGGAGGCGGUGUUUUUGGCGUUUGCGUCGCAGGAGAUUCCGACGGAUGAUAAGGGGGAGCCUGAGGAGGGGAGUAAGUCGUUGGCUAGCAUCCUGGGUCAGUAAGUGUUUUGCUCGAGGUGUUGAUUUGGGUGGAUGAUGAAAUGUUAUGAUUUGGAUGAUUUGAGCGUAGUAGUAUUGAGCAGAAUGUUACUGCGAGAGGCAGUAACAUUCGGUACUAGGUUCAUUGUCUAAGAUACGAUAGUGACGAAUAUAUUUUACCAUUCAAUAU